AUGGUUGCUGGGUGGUUGGAAAAUCAAGGAUACCUGUUGAGUAACUAUGGAAGACUAUACCAAAAUAGAGAAAUUGGAGAAGGUACUUACGGAGUUGUGUAUAAGGGUAGACACAAAACUACAGGUCAAGUGGUAGCCAUGAAGAAAAUCAGACUAGAAAGUGAAGAGGAAGGGGUUCCUAGUACUGCAAUUCGGGAAAUUUCUCUAUUAAAAGAACUUCGUCAUCCAAAUAUAGUCAGUCUUCAAGAUGUGCUUAUGCAGGAUUCCAGGCUAUAUCUCAUUUUUGAAUUCCUUUCCAUGGAUCUCAAGAAAUACUUGGAUUCUAUCCCUCCUGGUCAGUUCAUGGAUUCUUCACUUGUUAAGAGUUAUUUAUACCAGAUCCUUCAGGGGAUUGUGUUUUGUCACUCUAGAAGAGUUCUUCACAGGGACUUAAAACCUCAAAAUCUAUUGAUUGAUGACAAAGGAACAAUCAAACUGGCUGAUUUCGGCCUUGCCAGAGCUUUUGGAAUACCUAUUAGAGUAUAUACCCAUGAGGUAGUAACACUCUGGUAUAGAUCUCCAGAAGUAUUGCUGGGGUCGGCUCGUUAUUCCACUCCAGUUGACAUUUGGAGUAUAGGCACCAUAUUUGCAGAACUGGCAACUAAGAAACCACUUUUCCAUGGUGAUUCAGAAAUUGAUCAACUCUUCAGAAUUUUCAGAGCUUUGGGCACUCCUAAUAAUGAAGUGUGGCCAGAUGUGGAAUCUCUACAGGACUAUAAGAAUACAUUUCCCAAGUGGAAACCAGGAAGUCUAGCAUCCCAUGUCAAAAACUUGGAUGAAAAUGGCUUGGAUUUGCUCUCAAAAAUGUUGAUAUAUGAUCCUGCCAAACGAAUUUCUGGCAAAAUGGCACUGAGUCAUCCAUAUUUUGAUGAUUUGGACAAUCAGAUUAAGAAGAUGUAGAGCUUUCGGAUAAAGUUUCCACAUGUUAUAUCAAGGAUUUAUACUUGUAUUUUACUGUUGGCUCUGUUUUUGUCUUAGAUUUGGUAGAAUUCAAGCUGCUGUUAAAGAAUGCAGAAUCUGCAGAUGGAAGUCAUUUGAGCUCAUGUGGAAUGUGAAGGUUUCAUGGUGGGUAUUUAAUGGAUAUUUAUAGUCUUGUGUUUCCUUAACCUAGUAAAUGAAGCUUUGAGUUAGAUCUGUUUCUUUUAAAUUGUGGGUUGCAACCUUGAGUAGUUCAGGAUUGGCAUUAACUACUAAUUUCUAUUCCAAUGUAGAACAGAAAACAAUCAGUGUGUCCUAUAUAUACUUUUGUUUCAGUGCCAUAGAUAAUGUAAUAAACCAAUAUUUGGAGCCUAUAUAGAUAUAUAGAAGCAAGCUUGUAAUUUCACUACUCUUUUCCUUGGAGCCUAAUAUUUUAAAAUCAAUCACAUACCAAUUUAGAACUGAUUUGGUGUACCAGGGAAAUGAGAAGGUAGAAUGCUCAUUGCUAUAAUGACCAACCUGCUUUUGAUCCUGCUCCAAAUAUUUGUGCUCUGUGUGAAAUAUUUUUAUUCACCUUAAAUGAUCAUAUGCAUAUUUUUAAAUUAGUUUGUGCUGUGGAACUUUUGAUUAAUUUUAAAAUGGCGCUAGAUCAGUUGGUUCUUAAAUGUGUUUUGUGCCAGAAACACCUGGGAGCCAACUCUGGUACUGUCCUAAACAGUUUUGAUUUUGAAAUUUGAAAAAUGCAUCCUAGAAAUCAUUUUUUUAAAAAAACUCGCUAUGCUAAAACAAGUUAUCAAUUGUUUAGCAACUUUGAGCAUAUAUCUAGUAUUAGUUGUCUUAAGAUUUAUGGUAUCAUACAAUCUCUUUAGCUUAAUCUAUUUCUGUUUCUGUCCAUAUUCUUUAGAGUGGGGAGGGGGCUCUUUAUAUUGAGCAUAGUAUUAUAAAAACACUAAAGAGAAAAACAAUUAUGCGUUUUCUCUGGGGUGAGGGUCUUAAAAUUUUUAAAUUUAAAUGCAUAGGCAAUAAUGAUGCAGAGAAGUUAAUACAUAAGGUACAGGGUGUAAGGCAUGUAUAAAUUAAAAAUCAUGAAAAAUUAGUAUUUUAGGAUUUAGUUACUAUAAUAGCCCAAUAAAAAGCUUUCUGGGAACUUAUAGUAAAAGGCUAAAAUAAGUUGAAAAAGCCCUGUUGAAUAAGUACCUUUUUUAGUUCCUUUAGUAAGUUGUGCAGAGGUAAGUUUCAGCCCAAUUCAUGUUUAACUGGAGUCAGUGAAAUUUCUUAAGGAUGACCCAGAUUGGAUCCGUUAUAAUAUAUAAUAACCCAUUAGCAAUUAUUGGUUCAUGAGAUGGGAAAAUGGUCUCACCAGACUGAUCAGGAUCCUGUUUGCUAUACAAACUUGAGGGAAUGAUGUUCUCUCUCUGCUGAUAUUGCUAAACUGGUAUGACAUGGUUGGACAAUGAAAGACACCUCCACUCCAGUCAAUCAAAAAGAGCCCUGGGACAUGGUGUCCCUGGUUAGAAUUAUUUGGACUUAGUUCUCGUAUUGCGUUAAAGAUGUGUGAGCCAUCCAGGUGUGUGAGUGUGGGUUUCUUUUUUUAAUCCUAAUUUGAAAAAAAAAAAA